CUAUUGGCAUCGACGGUUCAUGAUAUUACGAGCCUAAAAAUUAAACUAAGAGGCUAUGUAUGUUGGUCGAACAAUAUAUGAUAUUUUCCUAUUACCUACACUAGGGCUGGAAAGAUGAAAGAAUUAUUUCUAGUUCGGAGGCCUUACCCCAUGCUGGUUAGCAUGGAAACUGUGCCAUUCUUUUUUAAAUAAACGCGACUGUCUUAUUUAAAAACAAUUGCAAAAAUUUAGAGAACUCAAUAACUUUCUGAAUUGCAACGAUUUUGAAACUGCGUGCAACUCGUCCAUUUUUGGGUAAUCGCACUUCGCCUUUACCUUCACCUUCGGCUGGUCGCAGGUCGGCAGUGGACGGUGCUGGGUCGUUGCACUGCGAUGGCGGGGAAGCAAAACCAGCGGUUCGAUAGAACGAUGGCCAUUGUCGCGCGCACCACCGCACGCAUGCGCGAGACAACACUGUUUACGCGCCAAUAUUUAACAAUAUCGAAUCGUAGAAAAUAAAAAUAAAAAGUUUGUGUUGUGCUAUUAAAUCGAACAUGAAGUAUAAGGUGAAGGACAUCGACUCGGAGAGCCAGCGCUCCGUCCGAGCCCCCGACAACAAUUUAGAAGAGAAACUCGAACGAACAGUAAGAUGGUCUUCGGUGCUGAUAGGAGCCUUAGGUGUGUCUCUGAUCGCUCUCGCUAUAUACACCACAGUGCUGGUCCUCACGGAUUACAAGAACCCGAAGCCCUGCUUGAGCGAGGCUUGUGUCAACACUGCGUCAAGAGUAUUAGAAGCCCUCAAUAAGGAUGUGGAUCCGUGCCACGACUUCUACGAGUUUGCCUGCGGAGGCUGGAUCAAGAAGAACCCAGUACCAGAAUGGGCUACAUCUUGGGACCAGCUGGCGAAACUACGCGAACAACUAGUGGUAGAUCUUCGAGAAGUUCUGGAGGCUGCAGACGACGAGGGUCUUCCACAGAGUGUGAUCAAAGCGAAGAGCUUGUAUAGAACUUGUAUUGAUACCGAUAAAUUGGAAGCUCAAGGGAUUAAGCCCAUCCAGGAACUUUUAGAAAAACUUGGCCUGCCUCCCACUCCACCAGUGAAUGUCAGCGCCAACUUUACAUGGGAGGAUGUAGCUGGACGCGGAAGAAGGAUGUUAGGCCUCAACGUGCUUCUCAGCAUUCAGGUCGCUGAGGACGUGAGGAAUACCAGCAGAAAUCGUGUUGUGAUCGAGCAAGUCCCUCCAGGCUUCAGCGAGCGCUACCUCCUCCGUCCGGAGCAGUUCAGCCACGAGAUAGAACAGUACCAUUUAUACAUUAAAUCAGUGAUCAGCAUCGCCGACCCUGACACCGACGCCGAGAAGUUUGCUGAUGACAUUGUAGACUUCAGCAAGAGUCUAGCAAAGAUAAUGACCCCGGUGGAGGUGCGGCGCGGUGGCACUCAUCUGUUUCACGAGGUUUCCGUGCGGCAGUUCGUGAAGGGUUCCGCCGGCGGACCCGCGCAGUGGGACCAGCACGACUGGGACAGGUAUCUGGAGCUGGUGUUCGCCAACACGAGCGUGGGGCUGCAGCAGGACUCCGACCGAGUCAUCGUGAUGGACCUCCCGUACCUGCAGAAACUGGCCGUGCUGCUCAAUGAGACCGAGCCUGUCAUCGUCGAGCGCUUCGUGUGGUGGAGCGUAUUCUCGACGGUGGCGCCCAUGACGCUGAGCUCGUUCCGCACGCUGGGCUUCGAGUUCUCGCGCGCGGUGUUCGGGCUGCAGCAGCGCACGCCGCGCUGGAAGUCCUGCGCCUCCAACGUCAACGCCAACUUCGGCGUCGCGCUCAGCUACCUCUACGUCAAGAAACAUUUCGACCAGGACUCCAGGCAGAAGGCCAUAGAGAUGAUAGAGGACGUGCGCGAGGCCUUCUCCUCCAGCGUGCAGCGGCUGCGCUGGAUGGACGCCGCCACGCGCGCGCGCACGCUGCGCAAGCUGGCCGCCAUCAGGACCUUCGUGGGCUUCCCCUCCUGGCUGCUCACCCACCGGCAGCUCGACCAACAUUACCAGCACGCGGAGGUGGUGGAGGGGAGCCUGUUCGGGACGUACCUGAAGCUGACCUGGGGCGCCGUGAAGAAAUCUCUGGAGUCGCUCAGAGAGAAGCCCGACAGGAACAGGUGGGUGGCCACGGCGACCACUGUGAACGCGUUCUACUCGGCGACCCUCAACUCAGUCACGUUCCCCGCGGGCAUCCUCCAGCCGCCCUUCUACGGGAACGGGAUCGAAGCAAUCAACUACGGUUCAAUCGGCGCCAUUAUGGGUCACGAAGUGACGCAUGGAUUUGACGACCAAGGGCGUCGCUACGACGAGGAGGGCAACCUGAAGCAGUGGUGGUCGGCAGACACCCUCGAGCACUACCACGGCAAGGUGCAGUGCAUCAUCGAUCAGUACAACAAGUACCACAUGGCGCAGCUGCCCAACUACACGAUAAACGGCCUGAACACGCAAGGCGAGAAUAUCGCCGACAACGGCGGAGUGCGCGCCGCCCUCGACGCCUACCGCCUGCACGCCGCCCGCGCGCCCGCCGCGUCUGCCGCGUCUGCCGCGCCCGCCGCCGACGCGCUGCCUGGACUGCCGCACUACUCGCCUACGCAGCUCUUCCACUUGGGAUUCGCUCAGAUCUGGUGCGGCAACUCCACCGUGGGAGCGCUCAAGUCUAAAAUAGUAGAAGGCGUCCACAGCCCCAACAAGGUCCGAGUGAUCGGCACCCUCAGCAACUCCGAGGAGUUUGCUGAAGCUUGGAAAUGUCCCGUCGGGUCCCCCAUGAACCCGGAGCACAAGUGUGUGCUCUGGUGACCUGACCCUCGACAGCCGAAUUAGUGAGGACUGAGCAACGCGGCGAGGCUGGCGAGGCUCGGCCUCCAGGGCUGAGAGGGAUCGCGGGCAGCGCCUCAUGUGCUAGUUAGGGACGAACAAUGUUCUUGGGUAACGACGUUUCUUCAAUGAGACAGAAAUCUUAAUUUAAUGAAAAUGUAAUUGAUCCCGAGAAGAAAAACGUGUGCUCCAAUUACAAGAGUUGGGGCCGGCCCCGGGGACCGCGGGGGACCACGUCCCCCAGUUUGGUGACCAUUUAUUUGAUAUUGGUUUGCAUUUACAUUUAAUAGAAAUAAUAUGAACUCCAUAAAAAAGAUAUGAAAAUAUAUUUGAACAAACAUUCGCAAAUUAAUUUAUGUGAAAAUGCAGGCGGCCCGGACAGUGACGUUGGCCGGGCGCGCUGCCACUGGACUAUGUGAUUAUUAGGUUUAAGUGAGCCAAAGACGAUUUAAAAUGUAUAUUACCGUGUAGUUACCGCCUUAGAGCGUCCAAGUUUGUGUGAGAUUAUCGUAGUGACGUAUUAUUACAAUUAUAUAGUUUACUAACUUAAUUCAAGAGCAAGCGCUCUUAAAUGCACCCGUCUGUCGACAGUGAGUACUCGUGAGCCCAUUUCAUACUCGGUACUCACAACUUCAGAAGUACUUAAAUGUGAUAUUGUUCAGUUGCGAACGCGCGCAAUGAUACUACUUCAGUUACCAACAUAAUUAACGUAUCGGUAAAUAGAAUUUUAGGACUAACUCAUCGCCCUCUAAUCUUUAUCUGUACCUAACUUAAAAUACAACUUAAAAUACAACUUAAAAUAAACCAUAAAACGAACCCCCACAUGUUUGUAAACGCGAGUUGUUUGUUCUAAGUACAGGGUGCUCGGAGAUCGUUCCCGUAGACGAAGUGGUAAAAUGACUGCUACUGAUACCCUUAAGGGAAUAUCAUAUUAAAUAGGAAUAUAAAUAUCUCUCAUUUGAACAAGUUCACAGUGCCAGCCACACAAGUCACACGCGCUGAUGUCAAAUAGUUAUAUUGCCUCUAAUGCAAAAAAGGGUCGAAUCCAAAACACACUGUAUAUGAUAGUGAUUUAAAAAACCCAUCACAAACCUUGUAGCUUAAUACAGAUCGUGGUUCGUUUACAAAUAAAUAAGCUCAUAAAUUGAGAAAAGUUGCACUACAUCCAAACAUGGUUACAGAUGGAGGGACAAUUUUACAUGUAAAGCUGUUUAGUAGCAUGUCAAAAGAUAAGAUAAUGUUAUAUUGUAUUCUGCAUAAGAUGCCGAACACAUCACAUCGCAUUUAAGGGUUAAUAUUUUGUAAAUGAGACUAUUAAAACAUUUAAAAUAAAUAAAGAAAUUUUAAAACAUAAA